GGAAAUGAUUCCCUUGGCUCUGGCACUUGCCUCUAGGUGUCCUGGCAGCCCUGAGUGAGGGCUUGUGCGGGCUGUGUGCAAAGGUUCCCAGUGCUGAAUGCAGUGUGAUGAGUGAGAGGGUGCCAAUUGGUUGGAAAGGUGUAGAUAAACAAGAGCAAAUAUGUAUACAGCGGUGUGCACUCUGAGCUCCCAGAGCUGCUGCCAGACUGAGGACUCGCAAGUUCGGCCACAGCCUCUCCUGGGCUGGCUCAGGAGCAGCGGGGAGCCUGCAGUACUGAGCACAGAAGGAGCCUUCCCUGCUCGCUGCUAGUUAAGAGGACACUUAAAGCAUUUUUUCUAAGGUGACCUAGUCUAGCAAAGGUGAACUGCUUUAGUGGGGGUGAAGGUGUGACUGUAGACACAGCAAUGGAGAAAGCUGGGGGUGAGAUGCCCGCGAGCCCUAAGCAGUCCUUCCUGGCGACUCUGGGUGACUCACGGGUGACCCUGCUGUCUGUCUACAAGCGAUGGUCCUUCAGGAGGAGCCCUGGGGCCAGUGACUCCACCAGACCAGCGCCUUUGGAGGAGGAAGGCUCUCUUCCAUUAGAAGAGGGAGAAUUUUCCCAGAAGGUUUUGAAUGGAACACGGGAAAUCAGUUCCAAUCAGAUCCUAUCUAAACUUCCUUUGCCUGCUCGUGGAUGGGAACCAGCAAUGAAGCAGAGUUUUGCCUUCGACAACGUUGGCUACGAAGGUGGUCUGGAUGGCACGUGUCCUUCGCAGGCGACCACUGGCACCAUCAGCAUUUUGGGCAUGACGUGCCAGUCAUGCGUGAGGUCCAUCGAGGGCAGGCUUUCAAGUCUGAAAGGCAUCGUGAGCAUCAAGGUUUCCCUGGAACAAGGCAGCGCAACCGUGAGAUAUGUGCCGUCGGUCCUGAGCCUGCCACAGGUGUGCUAUCAAAUUGAGGACAUGGGCUUCGAAGCCAGCAUCACAGAAGGAAAGGCUGCCUCCUGGCCUUCAAGGUCCUCACCUGUCCCGGAGGCCGUGGUCAAACUCCGAGUGGAGGGCAUGACCUGCCAGUCUUGCGUCAGCUCCAUAGAAGGCAAGAUUAGGAAACUGCAAGGAGUGGUGAGAGUCAGAGUCUCCCUCAGCAACCAAGAGGCAGUCAUCACUUAUCAGCCGUAUCUUAUUCAACCCCAAGACCUCAGGGACCAUGUAAACGACAUGGGGUUUGAAGCUGUUAUCAAGAACAAAGUGGCUCCUGUCAGCCUGGGACCGAUAGAUAUUGGGCGGUUACAGGGCACCAACCCAAAGACACCUUCAACUUGUGCUAACCAGAAUGCCAAUAACUCUCAGACUGUGAUGCACCAAGAGAGCCAUGUGGUCACCCUGCAACUGAGAGUAGAUGGGAUGCACUGCAAGUCUUGUGUUCGGAAUAUUGAAGAAAAUAUCGGCCAACUUUCAGGGGUUCAAAAUAUUCAAGUGUCCUUGGAGGAGAGAACCGCCCAAGUUCAGUAUGACCUUUCUCGUGUCUCCCCAGGGGCUCUGCAGAGGGCCAUUGAGGCUCUUCCACCAGGGAAUUUUAAAGUUUCCCUUCCUGACAGGGCAGAAGGAAGUGGGACAGAUAACAGGUCUUCCACAUGUCACUCCCCCACCCCUGCCCAGGAGACCCAGGGGCAAGGCGCCUGCUGUACCAUGGUGCUUGCCAUUGCUGGCAUGACCUGUGCAUCCUGUGUCCAGUCCAUCGAAGGCCUGAUCUCCCAAAGGGAAGGAGUGCAGCGAAUAUCAGUCUCUCUGGCCGAAGGGACUGGAACGAUUCUCUAUGAUCCCUCUAUAAUUAACCCAGAAGAACUCCAAGCUGCUCUAGAAGAUAUGGGAUUUGAGGCUUCGGUCGUUUCUGCAGACUGUUCUGCCAGCCAUGUUGGAAACGAUAGCACCGUGAAUGUCCCAGUGCAAACUGCAGCUGCCACACCCAUGUCUGUACAGGAAGCGGCACUCCACGCGGAGGUGCCCCCUAAACACCACAGCCCUCGCCACUCGACGAAGUCCCCGCAAGCCUCCGCAACAAUGACACCACAGAAAUGCUUUAUACAGAUCACAGGCAUGACCUGUGCAUCCUGUGUGUCUAACAUUGAGAGAAAGCUGCAGAAAGAAGCCGGUAUUCUCUCCGUGCUGGUUGCCUUGAUGGCCGGAAAGGCAGAGGUUAAAUAUAAUCCAGAAGUCAUCCAGCCAGUCGAGAUAGCUCAGCUCAUCCAGGACUUGGGCUUUGAGGCAACAGUAAUGGAGGACUACACAGGCUCAGAUGGCGACCUUGAGCUGAUUAUCACUGGGAUGACCUGCGCUUCCUGCGUUCACAACAUAGAGUCCAAACUUGUGAAGACGAGAGGUAUCACCCAUGCCUCCGUGGCCCUUGCAACCAGCAAAGCCCACGUGAAAUUUGAUUCUGAAAUUAUCGGUCCGCGUGAUAUUGUCAGAAUUAUUGAGGAAAUCGGCUUUCAUGCUUCCCCGGCCCAGAGACACCCCAUCGCUCAUCACCUGGACCACAAGGUGGAGAUAAAGCAGUGGAAGAAGUCUUUCCUGUGCAGCCUGGUGUUUGGCAUCCCUGUUAUGGGUUUAAUGAUCUAUAUGUUGAUACUCAGCAACGAACCCCAUGAGUCCAUGGUCCUGGACCACAACAUCAUUCCAGGACUGUCUAUUCUAAAUCUCAUCUUCUUUAUCUUGUGUACCUUUGUCCAGUUCCUUGGCGGAUGGUACUUCUACAUUCAGGCCUACAAAUCUCUGCGUCACAGGACAGCCAACAUGGACGUGCUUAUCGUGCUGGCCACUAGCAUUGCCUAUGUUUACUCUCUCAUCAUCCUGGUGGUGGCCAUUGCCGAGAAGGCCGAGAGGAGCCCCGUGACAUUCUUUGACACUCCCCCCAUGCUCUUCGUGUUCAUCGCCCUAGGGCGGUGGCUGGAACAUGUGGCAAAGAGCAAAACCUCAGAAGCUCUCGCCAAACUCAUGUCUCUCCAAGCCACGGAAGCCACCGUUGUGACUCUCGGUGAAGACAACUUAAUCAUCAGAGAGGAGCAAGUACCCAUGGAGCUGGUGCAGCGGGGUGAUGUCAUCAAGGUUGUUCCUGGGGGAAAGUUCCCAGUGGAUGGGAAAGUCCUGGAGGGCAGUACCAUGGCCGAUGAGUCCCUCAUCACAGGAGAAGCCAUGCCAGUCACUAAGAAACCUGGAAGCACAGUGAUUGCCGGGUCUAUAAAUGCACACGGCUCUGUGCUCAUCACUGCCACCCAUGUGGGCAAUGAUACCACUUUGGCUCAGAUUGUGAAAUUGGUGGAAGAGGCUCAGAUGUCAAAGGCACCCAUUCAACAACUGGCUGACCGGUUUAGUGGAUAUUUUGUCCCAUUUAUCAUCAUCAUUUCAACUUUGACGUUGGUGGUAUGGAUUAUAAUCGGUUUUAUCGAUUUUGGUGUUGUUCAGACAUACUUUCCUACCCCCAGCAAGCACCUCUCCCAGGCAGAGGUGAUCAUCCGGUUCGCGUUCCAGACGUCCAUCACAGUGCUGUGCAUCGCCUGCCCCUGCUCUCUGGGCCUGGCCACACCCACAGCAGUCAUGGUGGGCACGGGUGUGGCCGCCCAGAACGGCAUCCUCAUCAAGGGAGGCAAGCCCCUGGAGAUGGCCCACAAGAUAAAGACUGUGAUGUUUGACAAAACUGGCACCAUUACCCACGGGGUCCCCAAAGUCAUGCGGGUCCUCUUGCUUGUGGAUGUGGCCACGCUGCCCCUCAGGAAGGUUCUUGCUGUGGUGGGGACUGCAGAGGCGAGCAGCGAGCACCCCUUAGGUGCGGCCAUCACCAAAUACUGUAAAGAGGAACUUGGAAUGGAGGCCUUGGGAUACUGCAUGGACUUCCAGGCCGUGCCAGGCUGUGGAAUCGGCUGUAAAGUCAGCAACGUGGAAGGCAUCCUAGCCCACAGCGAGCACCUGAGCAAACGGGCCGCUCACCUGAACGGGCUUGGCAGUGUUCCCGUGGAAACAGAUGUGGAUCCCCAGACCUUCUCUGUGCUGAUUGGAAACCGAGAAUGGAUGAGACGCAACGGCUUGACCAUUUCCAACGACAUCAGUGACGCAAUGACAGCCCAUGAGAUGAAAGGCCAGACAGCCGUCUUGGUGGCUAUUGAUGGGGUGCUCUGUGGGAUGAUUGCCAUCGCAGACGCCGUCAAGCAGGAGGCCGCCCUGGCUGUGCACACGCUGAAGAGCAUGGGUGUGGACGUGGUUCUGAUCACGGGGGACAACCGCAAGACAGCCAGAGCCAUUGCCACCCAGGUUGGCAUCAAGAAAGUCUUUGCAGAGGUGCUGCCUUCUCACAAAGUGGCCAAGGUCCAGGAGCUCCAGAAGGAAGGGAAGAAAGUUGCCAUGGUGGGAGAUGGGAUUAACGACUCCCCGGCCUUGGCCCGGGCCGACGUGGGCAUCGCCAUCGGGACGGGCACCGAUGUCGCCAUCGAGGCAGCUGACAUUGUUCUCAUCAGAAACAACCUGCUCGACGUAGUCGCUGGCAUUCACCUCUCCAAGAAGACAGUCUGGAGAAUACGGCUCAACCUGGUGCUGGCGCUGAUUUAUAACAUGGUUGGAAUCCCCAUCGCAGCAGGAGUCUUCAUGCCCUUUGGUAUUGUGCUGCAGCCGUGGAUGGGCUCGGCGGCCAUGGCAGCCUCUUCUGUGUCUGUGGUUCUCUCAUCGCUGCAGCUGAAGUGCUAUAAGAAGCCCGACCUGGAGAAGUACGAGUCCUGGGCCCAAGGCCACAUGAAGCCCCUGACCGAGUCCCAGGUCAGCGUGCAUGUCGGCAUGGAUGACCGGUGGCGGGACUCCCCAAGGGCCACACCCUGGGACCAGGUCAGCUUCAUCAGCCAGGUGUCUCUGUCCUCCCUGAAGUCCAACAAGCUAUCGCGGCACAGCGCCAUGGCUGAUGAUAGUGGGGACAAGUGGUCUCUGCUCCUGAAUGACAGGGAUGAGGAGCAGUGCAUCUGAAAGCUCCAGGCCGCUGCAGACCCAGGGGCCUGUCUUCUAGCCAGGCAACAGCACCAGCAGCAGGGCGGGCAGAACCGUAGGGGCUUCUACUCCUGGACAUUCUAGAUCAUUCCUCCCUGCAGCAUGUGGCCCCGUCCAGACGUGGUCCCUGGGUAGGACCAGCCCGCCCGGACCCCACAGACGCAGGGCAAGGCCUCACCCAUGCUGUUGGUAUGCCGGAAACCGUGCUGGACUCUAGAAGAAGGAGGACAAGCAGCCCUCCUCACAGACCUCUGCUCUAGUAUUUGGGAUGACUACUUGUAAAAUGAGGAAAAUCUCCUCAGGACCAAAAACUUAGCUGGGCCUUUCCAUAGAACUCAUGAAGAACCUCCGUGUUGUCCUCUUUUUUUAUGACGCCCAUGUGCGUUGUGUCUCCGAGACCAGUUUAUCUCAAACACACACGCUAGUUUCUGCUGGUACAGUCUCUUCCUUUUCUGUCCUUGACACUAGGGGUAUGGCAUGCCGUCAUCCGUCAGGGCAAGACUGACAUAGUCGCGGUCCCUGCUGCUGCUCUCAGGCACUCCUCCAAGUGCGUGUGUGCAUUUCUUCCUCAGUCCGCUCACUCACACACCCGGCCAGAGAGCUUGCCGGCUUCUCUUCAGGUUGAGGAGAGUUCUUCCUUGCUCACGAGCCUCUUCUCUGUGGAGCCGUGGCUUCUCACUCCACAGACCAUUGCUGCCCAGCUGCAGUGAGGGUCUCAGAGCCUGAGACUUGAGAAAGCCAGCUUCCUGUGGGGUCCAGGUAGUUGGGGUCCUGGGAGGCCCGUGGUGCUGGAGAAGCAGGUGUCCCUUGGGGGAAGCUUGUGCAUGCAGGAGCCUCCUGCAUGGCUCCUGGAUCUUCGAUUACAUGGUCUGUUAUAUGAAUGGAGUCAAGACAGAAUUCACGUCAGUGGUGUCCCUGGCAUUAUGCAACUCUGAGAAAGUGAUACCCAAGUUAGAGGAAAUCACAGUUCUCCACGAGCUUCUACUUCUGCACGCUGAACCAGUGCCUUAAGAAAGGGGUGACCACAGCUUCUCAAAGGGAUAGUCUGUUUCUGACUUUCAGUGGCUCUUUGUGAUUGCUUGGCAUUGGAGGGGCAGGAAUGUGGCUAGUUUUAGACUCUGAAAUUGGUGUCAAUUCACAGACUGGGUGUGAAUAGACUAGUAAAAUCAGAAUCUUAAAAUAGGCAGAGCAAAGCCUAUUCUAAAUUCUAAAUUCUAAGGCGAAUCCUUUGUCACAGAUACAAAAUAAUUUUAUUUAUUGUCAGUUAUUUUCUAAGGCAAUGUAAGUAUUUUUCAUAUUAUCUCUAAUCCUCCCAACAAACCAGCAAAGUAGAUGUUAUUGUCCACCUUUCACAGGGCGGGAAGCAGACUCAGAAUGUCUAAGUGUCCUGCCCAGGAUCACACAGCCAGUAUACACGCCAGAACAAGGGGCCGAAUCCAUGUCUGUUGGCUCUGAAGACUUUUCAUUAUCUCUACUCCACUUUGGAUAUUUUGAAUAACAAGGAAAAGCCCCUGCUCCUGGAAGAACAAAUCUGCCAGGUGAUGUAUUAUCAUUGUAUCAACGUGGGAUGAAAUUUGAUCACAGUCAACUCACCUUCCCCUGGAUAGUUCAUUUCCAUUUUUGCGUGUAAUUUAGUUUUGGGGGGUCUGUCCUCUAAAGUCCAAGUUCAGGGUUUUGUCGUGUUUGUUGCUUUUUCAGUCCCCCUUUUCCUCCCCAGCCCCUUCCUGCCACGCGUCCCCACUUGUGUCCUCUUUGUUCUUGGCCGUGCUUAGGGAAUACGUCUUAUUUUCUAACUGUGCUAAUUGUUGUCUAAAGAAUCUAAUUGUAUUGAUUUUUGAAAACUAUUUUAGGAUCAGAAACAUCAUGUUUAUAUACAUAUGAAAAUAUUUAUAUAAUUGUACAGAAAAUAACCUUUUAGAUAUUCAAAGUGUAAGAAUUUUUUUUUGGUCAGAUAAGAACAAUUCCUACUUCAAACACUUUCCAUGCUAUAUUAGAAUAAAAUUCCUUUUUAUUCUUCAAAAAAUCUGUUUUUGGCUGGCCCCGAGGAGCAUGGUGGGUCCAGUGCAGUGCUAUGUUCACUGAGAACUGUGAGGGGCCGCCUUUGCUCCCCACACCUCCUCAGGGAGAGAGGGAUGGGGUUUUAACCAGCGGAGGGUGCGAGGGUGGCCAGAGCCCUCUGAUCCGCCAUCCCUAGCACUGUGCGAGCCCCUCCCGAAUGCCCGCCUGCCCCGGUGGAGUGUGGGGAGAACUCUGCAGGGCCACCCCCGUCAGGCUGUGUGUCCCACUGGGCCAGACAGCCCAGAUUAUCCAUUAGAAGCACUUUUCUGGUGAGGGUGGUUGUCUACAAAAGGCCCUUCUCGAACACACGUUUUAUUCCAGUGGGCUAUGUUUUGAGUUCGUUGGCCCUGAAGGAGUUCGAGUGGGGUGAGUAGUAGAAAAGUCUGGACCACGGGGCUCUGCUGAGAGGCUCUGUGGGCAUCGCGAGGUGGCAGGGAGGGAUGGGGCAGGCCCUAAGUGAGCCACACCUGAAGGUGAGGUGACAGGGUCUUUUAUCAUUUAAACCAGGACACUUAAGAUGAAAGGAGGUGCUAUUAAUACUUAUGCCAGGACAACUGGCCUAAACCAGGACUAUCCAGGCAAACUGGGCCAUGUGGUCACCUUCCUUAGAAAAGGCAUUAUGAAGUUGCCACUGACACAAAACUGUCGCUUUAGAACUUUAAUUGUAGGUUCCACAGGCACACUGGUGACAUAAUCCUAUAUCAGAUUUCAUGAUUUUCCCCCUCUCACAUCCUGACACCAGCACUUGAGAAGUAGAAUCAUUGAGGUGGAUUUUGUGGCUCAGUUUGACUAGAGAGGCAGUCAAGGGUUUGUGCCAUUGGCCAGUGCACUAUGGCCAGUGCCCGCAGCAUGCCUUGUGGAGCCGGGCAUGCUGGGUACCCAGGCACAGGAAUUCUGUGUUCUACUCACAACCCGUUGUGGACAGGAAGGGCUGGUACCACCUUAGCAAAGGGUUCCACUUCUGUAGAAAACAGAUGCUUCCUAAAACUUGAAUAAAUUCCCCUGAUACGAUCCCAUGUGCACCGGAAUAAAUUAUAGCAUCAGUGCCUUCCUGGUAAGUUUUCAGUCUUUAAAACCUUAAAGAAGAAUAAAUGAAUGUUAUAAUUCUAGUAUUUUAAAAUGACAGCUGGAAAUUGACAUGUCAAAAAAUAGAUCCCCAAAUUGUUCUGCUGGUUUACUAAGGAAACAAGAUUAAUAAAAGUGACUUUUAUUUUAAGAAAAUCCAGCAUAGCAAAACCAGUCAACCAAAGAAGUUAAUUAGAAAAAGAUUAUUUGAAUUACAGGAUUCUUUUUGCUUUAAAAAUAUAAAUUCCCUAAUGCAUAUAAAAUUCUCCUUGAGUUAUUUUUUUGCAUAGGCCUUUCUCUUAACCGUAUCUUUUUUCUUUUAAAAAAGGUAAAGAAUACCUAUACCAAAAAAAAAAAAAAUGCUUUAAGCAACCACUCAUGCUGUCUCUCAGUUCCUCAUUCAGAUUACCUUAAUGUGUGAGAAAGCUGAUCUGGUAUUGGAAAGUAUUGUGGAGCUGGUAAAAAUGAAAUUACUCUACUUUCCUCAUUUUCAAACUCAGCUUGGGCAAAGUUUCUGUCAGACAGAGAUGUCUACUUGUCUGCUGUUUUCCUUUGUGUGAAGACAAUGACAAUGGUUGAAAUUAAAGAACAGAAUAUAAGAAUGUUAAAUAAUGCUGCCAAAUCCCAGAGUCUCCUUUAUUCUAUUCAAAAAGAUGAAUAAACAGAUGUAAAAUCA